AUGUCCCUCCCAUGCUCGUCACUCAUUCAGCAACCAAACAUCCGCGACCAGACCAGCCAGAUUUUCACCAUGAAAACACCUCUUCUGAUUGCCUUGAUGGGCGGCUCGCUCUGGGCACUUGCGGCUCGCCUCCGAAACCACCAUUCAGGUACAGCCGCUAUCACACCUGAUGAACCGCGCGAGGUGUACAGCAAUGGCGCCAGUGACCACACCGACACGGUCAAGCGAGCCCAGUCAGACAUAAACAAGAUUAUCAUAAUCCUCACAGCCGAUGAGAUCGAAGACGAGGCUGGCGCAGGAAGCGUGAAGUUGGUCUCAACAUACGCCGAUGAUGUGUUAGUCGCCCUGCCAUGGUCAAACCUGUACCUAGAAGCGAGCGCUCCUUCGAAGCCCACCUGA